AAUCCAAAAUGUUAUCUAAAAGCGGAAAAUCGGGACCAAAAAUCCUGCCGUGUGGACGAGGCUUAAACAAGGUGCUGGAGUUCUGCUUGGGUUGUUUCCUGUUAAAGUCAUAUUAUGGGUGGGACAGUCGGGAAGGCACAAGGCUAAGGGUGCAAACGCCUUCCUCAACUCAUUAUAGCUUCACUACGACUCAGUCCACACAAAUACAUUAACUAACUGACAAGAUUUCCCAUGGCAGACUUUCAGCGUUUGCUUCUGCUGCUUCUCAUCGUGACUGCAUCAUAUGCCAAUGAACCUGUAAUCACCACCAAAUAUGGAAAGGUUCGAGGGAAUGUUUUUAGUGUGCUAGAUGGUCAUAUUCAAGCAUUUUAUGGAAUUCCGUAUGCAAAACCGCCUACUGAAUAUCGAAGAUUCCGACCUCCAGAGCCUAUGGAUAAAUGGGACGGUGUGAGAGAUACCCAAACUUUACCAAAUUCCUGCUACCAGUUGCGAGAUAAAAUGUUUCCAGGGUUUGAAGGUGCAGAGAUGUGGAAUCCAAACACCCCUGUGAGUGAGGACUGCCUGUACUUGAAUGUUUGGGCCCCUCUGUUCAAGACAUCCACACCCAGACCGGAAGAUCUUGUUCCUGUAUUAGUUUGGAUAUAUGGAGGUGCCUUUAUGACAGGAACAUCCUCACUGGAUCUCUAUCAAGGCUAUUUCCUGUGUAAAUCUCAGAACGUUGUUGUGGUAUCUAUGAAUUACAGACUGGGACCAUUUGGCUUUCUGGCUAUUCCUAACCACCCUCACAUCCGGGGAAAUCAAGGUCUACUGGAUCAGCGUUUGGCACUUCAAUGGGUGGUCGAUAACAUUGCUGCAUUUGGAGGUGAUCCUAAUAGGAUAACAAUAUUUGGAGAGAGUGCUGGGGCAGCAUCUGUGGGGUUCCACCUGGUCUCAGGCAGUCAGGGCCUCUUUCAAAGGGCUGUGAUGCAGAGCGGCUCCCCUAAUGCUGCAUGGGCCAUAGCAAAUAAAACUGAGAUAUAUGACAGAUCCUUAAAACUAGCAACAUUGCUAGGCUGCCCCCUGGAUAAUCCUGCUCGUCUGGAGUCUUGUUUGCUGAAUGCUGAUCCUGAAAAGAUGUCAAUCAAGCAAUCUGAAAAUCUUGUACCGCCUUCAGUUUUGCCCUUUCCAUUUGUCCCACAUAUUGAUGGAGACGUCAUACCAUCUGAUAUAGAAACGUUGCUAAACAUAAGUACUCUUCCCAAAAAAGAGCUGUUGAUCGGCUUGAAUAAAGAUGAAGGGACUUUCUUUCUUUUUUAUGGAAUGCCUGGUUUCUCUCUCGAGGGGGAAAGUUUCAUCACCAGGAAGGACUUUAUGGAUGGUUUACCACUAGUACUCACAAAUUCAAGUGAGAUUGUUAAAAAAACCGCUAUUUCUCACUACACUGAUUGGCAAGAUGAAAACAAUAUGAAGACCAACCGUGAUGAAAUGGGUAGGAUGGUUGGAGAUGUGCUGUUAAAUUGUCCUGUGAUGGACUUUGCUACUCGGUAUGCAGAACACGGUGGUAAGACUUUUUUUUAUUUUUUUGACCACGUGUCAUCCAAAAAUCCUUGGCCAAAAUGGGCAGGUGUUAUGCAUGGCUACGAGAUAGAAUUUGUUGGGCUGCCUCUGAACACUUCAUUAAAGUACUCAGAGGAUGAAGUGACAAUGUCCAAGGCAGUUAUGCAGCAUUAUGGCAACUUUGCCCGAAAUGGAAAUCCAGGGUUUAAAGAAGGUGCUUGGCCAGUCUUUACCAUUGACGCUCAGGAGUAUGUCACUUUGAAUAAUGACAGUCAAGGAGUAAAGAAGAGGUUAAAAGCUAAUGAGUGUUAUUUGUGGAACACCUUGAUGCCUGAAUAUCAAAAGUUGUCAGAUUCCGAGCCACAGUGCAGUUCAAGUGGGAUUGUUCAAUACAAUUGGGUGUUCCUUCUUAUUUUGUUAGUUAUCAGUUUAACCCAUUGAAACUGAUAACUAAAUAGACAUUAAACACUAUUUAGUUCAAGUGUUUAAUGUCUAAUGUGUAACAGGUGGGUGCUUGUUUUUCUUAAAUAUGUCAAAUAUUCUCAGAGCACCACCUGAAGGCUGUAGGUUGAUUCUCGGGGCCCUAUAGCCUGUUUUACUUAAGGGUUCACUGCAAAGCAUAGUUUGAAAAAAGGCCCUUUAAAAUCAUGUUGCAUUGUUUGAAUAAUUUGCUUUCUAUGUUGAUUAGGAAUGGUUUAUAAAGUGGUUAAUCAUUAAAAAAGGCUUAUGCUAAGUGCCCUUGACUGUUUUUUUUUCGUUUGUCAUUUGUUAUAGACACACAAGAAGCCACCAAUCCUUCAUUGGCCUUUUUAACAUCUUGUUAAUAAAUACAAACACGGCAUUUGCAAUAGAAAAAAAGUCUAGGUCUCUCUCUCUUGUUUAUAAGCUACAAUUGUUAGAGCUAUUUCUAAGCUUGUGGUUUGCUUAUUAUUGCUCCAGCAUCUCCAUAGCAACUGCCUACCAAGAUGGCUAUCAGUUACAAGGUUCACUGAAGUGUGAUGUCACAUAAGAACUUUAACCCAUCAAAAGCUUACAUAACUACUGCAUCAUCUUUUUGGCUUUCAGAUAUUGCAUACAUGCAUAGUAAAAACUUCCUGUCAGUUUCUGAGUUUUCAGAAAUUUAAACUCAGGGGUUCAAGCUUAUUAGCUCUAACCCUACUAUUCAAUCUUGCAACAAACAGACACAACUCUGGUCAUCUGAACUAACCUCAAACAUGAAAACUCACUAAGUGUCCAACAAAUGUGAGAAAAAUGUUUGUGUCCACAAUGUUAGAUUCUUAACCAAUAUCUGUCUUAAAGAAUAUGCUGCCCUUCUAUUGUUGUCACCAUGUUAGGUGCUUUUGUCCAUAGAAAAAAAACAAAAUCAGUAGAUUAAAACUAAUGUAUUAAAAUUCUGUCAAGAAACAUUAAAAGGGUAAAACGUCAAGGAGGAUAAAUACAUUUUUAUCUGUUUUGUAGAUCAACAAUGACAUUCUAGAAGGCUGACAGUGCAGACUGCAUAUUCUCAGACAGUGGAGGGAUAUCAGUUCCAUUACUAGUUGCAGAAGCCAGUCACAAGUACCUUACCUUUGACUGCACUUAAAGGCAGUCAAAGGCCUUUGACAUAUUGGAAAAACAUUUUUCAAUAUAUGUUUUGCAGUUUGGUGCCCAUGAGUAAAAUUAUCCAAGUUAAUUUAUAUUUGAUUUUUCAGUUGAUUUGUGUUGACAUGAUUUGGAAAACACAAAUCAAGAAAGUGUAAGAAAUAUUACACUUUCUUGUUGUUGAGAUUAUAAAAGAAAGAUUCACUCUGAAAUAUCAAGAGAGUCCUAUGUCAUAGAACAAUGAAUUUUUGACUGUUGAAGACAAUUAAAGCUGGAGAGAAAUUA